AUGCGACUACUCCACAUCAAGUCGAGGCAGCUUGAGAUCUUUUUUGGGGACAACAUCCCCCCUUAUGCAAUUUUGUCUCACAGAUGGGGAGAGAAGGAGGUCUCUUUACAAGACAUACAAUCAACGAGAUAUCUAUUGAGCCGACGAUGGUCAUCGAAAUUGGAAGGGACAAGAAAAAUCGCAGAAGCUCAAGGUCUUGAUUACAUCUGGGUUGACACGUGUUGUAUCGACAAAACGAGCUCUUCUGAGCUUGAGGAAGCUAUAAAUUCCAUGUAUCAAUGGUACAAGAAUGCUGUCGUUUGUUACGCAUACCUGGUAGAUGUUACGGACUUGGAAGUAUCGCCUGGAUUGAUUUCGACGUUUCAUGAAAGUACGUGGUGGACUAGAGGCUGGACAUUGCAGGAACUUCUCGCGCCCGCCAAAGUUGAGUUCUACGGUUCUCAAUGGAAUUAUCUCGGCACUAAGAAUCAACUGUCUGGCAUCAUUCAAAGCAUCACGGGCAUUCCGCGUGUUGUCUUGAUUGGUAUGAAAGAACCGGGAAAGGCUAGCGUUGCUCAACGUAUGUCGUGGGCAAGCAUGCGAGUCACGACAAGGAAAGAAGACCUGGCGUACGCUCUCCUAGGUAUAUUCGAGGUAAACCUGCCGAUGAUUUAUGGCGAGGGCGAGAAAGCAUUUUAUCGUCUGCAACAAGAAAUCAUGAGAGUGACUUCCGACCAAUCGAUUCUUACUGGAGGCCAUGUUCUCCCUGCACCGGAAUUCACUUCAUCUUGGGAUUUGGCACUCGCCGUGUCUCCUCAUGAUUUCCGGGAUUGCGGUGAAGUGGUAUCUUGUCAGGCCUAUACGGCUGAGCAAUUUGAUCUCUUUGGACCGAUCGCCGACAAGAAACCGCAGGCCUUCGGUGCUAACAUGCAAAUCAGGCUUCCUCUAUACGGUAAAGAUGAUAAAGGAUAUUAUGCGGUCCUCAACUGCUGCGGCGAUAAAUCUAAUGAAUUGGUAGCCCUGCCGCUGCCAGUGGUCCCAGCAGCUCGGUCAGGAAAGUUACUAGGAGAUUUUGCAUAUCUUGGCUUAUCUUACAGCACUGUCCCUCGCGAUAUUGCUUCAUUCUACGAGUACAGUGUAAUUUUAACCUGCCAAAGACCCGAAUUUGCAACACCUAUCUCCAAUGCCACUCACGAUUGGUGGCACUUUGACUGUGUCACUGAUCCGUUGGUAUGCCCCUUAAUUGAAGUCUUGUCUACAACUUUGCAACCCCCCGAAGCAAGACAUUUCUUUUCAUCGGGAUCACUGCGAAGAGUCGAAAAAGACGAGAAAUUGAUCGUACGUUUCACACAUCCUGAUGAUAUUUCAGAUGUUGCAGUGUGCGCACGCACUGUCUUCGAUACCGAGACUGGGGAAGUGCGAUCCAUUAUAGGUGUAGCGGAUGCUAAGAAAUCCUUGGACGAGCAUCUCAACCACAAAUCACCAAGUGAUUUUCUUUCGCGUCCUGUCUGCCGAUUCGACCCUUGGCCUUCCUAUCUCAAGGCAUCGGUUUCAAAAGAAUCCCAUGAGGAAGGCAACAUAUUUGCUGUCAAGAUAACUGUAUAUUGGUCUUCGUUUAGUCGGCCUGAUCGCUCGAUGAUUGUUUCUUCUGAAAAAUUUGGUUCGGAGAAACGCGCGGAAGAGAAGCGUGCACUUGGGGUUUAUCUACCUGUUAUCGCCAAGUCUCUGGCCGUGCUAUGGACUACAACAAUUGCGCUAUUGAUAUUGAUCUUGACGAUUCCUUUGAUCAUCUUUAGGUCAUUUCCACGUGCUAUUGCUAGACAGUGGCGUUUGCGGUUGUUGUCUCAAGGUUAA